AUGUCGCUAAGAAAAGCUCCACUUCCUCGCGUAAUUAUCAACAAUGCAUCUUGCAUGCGAAAUGCCCAACAAAUUUUGCGCCAUGUUAAUGCCUCUGUUCAUGAUGGCGGUGCACUUGUGCUGACAGGUAGCAAUGGUUCAGGCAAAAGCACUUUCCUCCGCAUGUUAGCUGGCUUCUCCAAGCCUUCUGCUGGAGAGAUCCUUUGGGAUGGGCAUGACAUUACGCAGUCAGGAGUAUUUCAUCAGUAUAAGCUCCAGCUUGGAUGGGUUUCUCUUAAAGAUGCUGUCAAGGAAAAAUUUACAGUCCUGGAAAAUAUUCAGUGGUUUGAACUUCUUGAAGGAAAAGAAGGAAGAUCUCUUCCGGCCUUGGAGCUUAUGGGUUUGGGAAGGUUGGCAAAGGAAAAGGCAAGGAUGCUGUCAAUGGGUCAGCGAAAAAGACUUCAGCUUGCUAGGCUGCUGGCAAUUGAUAGGCCUAUUUGGUUGCUGGAUGAGCCAUCUGUUGCUUUGGAUGAUGAUGGUGUAAAAUUAUUGGAGUAUAUAAUUGGUGAGCAUCGAAAGAAGGGAGGAAUUGUGUUUGUGGCAACUCAUCUGCCUAUCAAGAUUGAUGAUGCAAUGUACUUAAGGUUGCCACCUAGAUUUCCUAGACGGAUGACUAUGAUCGAUAUGCUUGAUCGCAGUGACAUUGCUUGA